GCAGGGUUAGAUUGGAUAUCAGGGAGAAAUUGUUCCCUGGGAGGGUGGGCAGGCCCUGGCACAGGUUGCCCAGAGAAGCUGUGGCUGCCCCAUCCAUGGCAGUGUCCAAGACCAGGUUGGAUGGGGCUCUGAGCAACUUGGAUAGUGGAAGGUGUCCCUGCCCAGGGAAACAGAUGAUCUUUAAGGUCCCUUCCAACCCAGACCAUACCAUGGCUGUGUGGAGGGAGGUUGUCUAGUGGUGCAGACCAAAACAGCUGUGUGCCUUGGAGAGCAGGGAAGUGCAUCCAGUAAAUUCUGACUGCCAGGGUAAGGUGAAAGAAGGGAAUGUCAUCAUUUCUGGUGUCAUCAACUUGCAUGUUUGUCUCUGAGCUUUACUGGUUUCGUUUGUGCUUGGUUUGUCCUCUGAGGAGACAAAGAGCUCAGGCUGAGCGGGUGAGUUGCUGUUCUUUAUGACUGAACUUACCACGUUUCACUUUUGUGAAACAAGAAUAGAGAUGACCAUUUUAUAUUGAAGUGUCUUAGGUGGAGGUAAAUCCUCUAAUUAGGCUUAAUUAUUGUAUGGAGACUCUUUCCCUGCCCUGUCUAUCUUUUCAGGAAGUUUAAUUUUAAACAGAGAAGGGGAGCUCAUAUAAAAUACAUAUUAUGUGCAUUUUAGCCCACUUGUACUCUGGGUAUGGGGACCUCACUGCAGCAAUCAGAAACUUUUCUUUGGUUUUUUUUUUCCUCCCCUUCUUUAUUUAAAAAACCCUUAAAACAAUUACAUUAACAACACUUGGAAUAACCUCCUGCAAGUUGCUUAUUUUAUGAGUCCUCAAAGGAUGCAAAACUCUGGCCUUCGUGAGGGUCCAAUGAAAAAAUUCCCACUGCCCAUUUGCACCAGCAAAAUGAUAUCAUUCUGCUCAAUAAAAUAGUCUUGGCAAUCAAGCAACACUUAGGGGGAAAAAAAAAAACCAAACCAGUAGCCCCAGAUCCAUUUUUUCAGGAGCAUUUUAUAUCACUUGGAAUCGCAGUGGAAAGUCGAAAAUGAAAAAGGAAGUAAUUGUGAAGUAAUUGGGGGGAAAUUGCUGUGUUCUAACUAAGAUAAGUAGUUUUAGCUCGUUUUCCCUCUGCCCUUUCUGUUGAACAAGCAGCAAUAUUUGGAAGGCCAGUUGCAGUUUUGUGCAAGGUCCAGUUGCAGGCUCAGAUUUUAGACCCCCAGGAAUGGGAUGAGCGGGGGCUGCAAGAGAAGAAUUAGGAUGACGGUUUUGGUUACACUGUUUUUGCUUAAAAAACAAACAAACAAAAACCCCACAACAAACUAAAAAUGGAAACCUGAUAGUUCUUUGCAUUUGCAUAGAUAGAAACCUGUUCUCUGCAUUUUUUACACUGUAGAAGCUCACUCUUGAAGCUGGUCCUGACAGCAUCUUUCUUAUUUACCUGACUGUAAUUUUCUCAGUGUGAGGAGCACCGUGUAAAUGUAUUUUUCUUGGUUCUUUUGCCUGAGUGCUCUGAGUUGGUGGUGUCAUCUUUCAAGGGCUGAGGGGAUAAAAGCUUCUGUACCCUUCCUUGGGAUGUUAGAGGGAGUGAAUCUGCAGCUGAGGAAUGUAGUUGCAUGAUGAGAUUUUCCUCUGGCAGUGUAGAAUCCAAGUGCUUUCCCUCCCUCUUUUGCCUGGCAAGGCUGGGAUUUGCUGCCAAGUUGGUUCGGUCAGGCCCACCUCCCUCCCUUCUCCUUGAAUCCUAAAGUGAAUCCCCUCCAGACACUGCAAACUAACAAACCACAGUGGGAGCAGUGCAGGUCAAGCUCCAGAUUUGUCCUGGCUGGAGGCUCCUGUCUGGAAUGUCUGGGUACAGCUUCAAGGGUGAUCAUUUCAUCAGCAAACCUGAUUGACAAGGUGAAAUCACUUAUAGAAUGGGCUCCCAGCAUAUAUGUACAUUUAGGAAGGGAAAUGGGGGCUUUUUCCGUGUGGAAAAGCACUUGCCUGUGCUUUUCCCUCCUGUUUUCCCUUCCUUGGCUAGAUCAGGAAUGCAGGUUGUGCUUGACCACGAAUGCAGGGUUUUUAAGGAAAUAAAAUUCAGCCAGGGCAGCUGCACUGAGUGCAUUCCAGUGCCUUUCCAGAUUAAUGGCAUCUAAAGGGAUAUUUGCCAAUGACUAAUGUGUGAAUAAAGUAAAUUCCUUGCAAUUCUUGAUUUCCUUUGGCACCUUAUUUGGUGUUAAUUCUAAGCCAGAAGCCUCUUCUAUUGAUAAAUCUGCAGCCCAUAUUGAAUUUGCUGGUAUAAUCCUCAUCAACUUUUAGGGAGAGUGGGCUGGGAAAGGAUAAUCCAACCUCAGUUGUGGGUACGUGGGCCAUUUUUUGAAGUGAUAAGCAGAGAAACAAGAUGUGAAUUGCACUGAGAUGGUUUUCCCCAGUGCUUUUUCAGCCUUGAAACACACGGUGCUCUCUGAGGUCCCGACCAUGUUUGACCCUGCUGUGCUGCCCAGUUGAGCAGCUGUUUGCACCAGAAUUCUGAGGGCUUUCAUCUUUGAGUGAAACACCCUGUUUUUGCUCAGCUCAGCAGCUCUGAAUUUACUGGGCAGCACCAGCCCCUCAUAUUAAGGGUGUUUGGAUUAUUAUGUCGUGCCAUUGGAUGCAGGAGGUAAUUAACGUACUGAUUGUUGUUGUUUCCAAAGCUGUUACUCUUGAACUGUGCUUGUGACAGGUGUAACUAAAAUUACUCUUGAAGGGUUUAAAAUACUGUUCCUUGGUUUUCUAAAUUUGCCUCACUCGUUUCAGUGCCCCUUGCCUGGCAAGACACAGGGCAAAUCCACCUGCUGAUGAACCGAAGCUCAGAGGGAGCCUCUGUUUCCCUGCUGGAUUGUGUUACAGGGCCCUGGAAUGUUUGGUGCCUCCUGGAGGAAGUGCAGCUAGACUGUGGGAUGGGAAUGUUCCUUUUGCAUGGCUCUGGCAUGUUGGAAUUCCUCAGGUCCUGGGUUUUAGUGCUGAGCAAGUGUUGGGUUCCACAUGGUACUUAAAGAACCACCUAAUUAGUUCCUGUGGUGUUAAAAAUGCUCUGGGAUGCUUCCACCAAAGGUGCUGGGUGAAAGCAGUUGGUGUUUUUGAAGGAAUGUGCUAUUUUGAGGAAGGAUAAUUCUUUUUCCCUACCUCGUUCAGCCCUUGGCCUUUAGAAUGGUAUCAACAAAGGAAGUGACUCUUACAGAUGCUUUUGUGAUGUGGUUUCUAAUUUACUGAGGCUCAGAUCCUUUGGCUCAUUUCACCAAGGAGCUUUUUUCCAGUUACUGCCUGGACCAGCUCUUGGAGCUGAAAGAUGCCAUCCCUGAGUGCCAACCCUGCCUCCCAAAAAUCAGAACAACUUGCACUACAAAUAUUUCAACACGAGAACUCAGCCUUUGAAGUUUUGGCACUUAUUUGGCAAAGGAUGUCUCUCCAAAGAGGUAUUUUUAGCAAACACUAUAUAUAGAGCUUCAGAUCUGCAUCUUUGUUUGCUUUUUUGUGUGGAGAAUAUUUUCACUGUGUGGGGUAAAAAUGCCAAGAUGCUCAAGCCACAGUCGGGUUCCAGCUGUCUGGAGUUUGGUGGGAGCUCUGCCUGUCCAUGUUAGCCAGUUCCAGGUCCUCCUCUCCUGGGGAGGUCCAGUUUUCAGGGAUGAAGGGAGGAGGGAUGGCACCUGCUUUGUUUGCUUCAUUUGGCCUUUGGAGUAUAUAACACAUAUUUUAAGAUAACACAUUUUAAUAUAACACACAUUUUAAGUGUAGAGUGUAGGACUAAUAUUUCCUGAGACUGGGUCUCUAAAAGUGCUUGAGAAACCUGUCACAGGCCAACAGAGGCUCUGGAGAUGAUCGGGAGAAGCAAACUGCUAAAUCCAGAGGCUAAUUCCAGGUAUCCCCAUCACAGCAAAACUUGGGAAUUCCCAGGCUCCUUUUGUUUUGCCCCCACCACAGUCAGAGUUUCUUUUUCUCCAGGAGGGUGUGAAGGAUGUGCUCCUUCAGCAGCAGCUGCACCUCUGAAAAGCCCUGGGCUCAGGUCACCUGAGCCUUUUUUCCCGUUUCCUGCUAUAAUUCUGGAUUUUCCCAGAGUUCCCAGUGCCAUUUUCAGUGUUAAAAAUAGGAUUCCAUAAAGCAUUUUUAUGUUCCUUAAGUGCACGCAUCUUGUCCUUCCAACGUGUGUCUGCAGGAAGCUUUGCCGGGGAAGCAGCUCUGACCUCGCCUGACUGUAACACUAAACUCAAGGUAAGAGGCAGCACUGAGGCAGCAAUUCCAUGUCUCAGCUCUUCCUUCGGGGUUUUUGGCAGCUCCUGCAGGUUUCCCUUUGUGCCUCACAUGCUGCUGUGGUGCUGCAGAGUUAACUCUCUCUCUUUUAGUGAUUUUUUUGGGGUUUUGUUGUGCCUCACUUGCCCCGUUUUCUGAAAUCAGGUUGGAGUUGUCCACGUCUUUUGAGAACUGUAUUUGGAGAGUGUGGAUGGAUCAACAGCCCUGCAAGUGUCCAGGAAUAGCUGGAUGAGUACAUGUUACCAUGGCGAUGACUGCAGGGACCACAACAUCCUUUCCCAUGAGCAACCACACCCGGGAGAGAGUCACAGUGGCCAAACUCACCCUGGAGAACUUCUACAGCAACCUCAUCAUCCAGCACGAGGAGAGGGAGACCAGGCAGAAGAAGCUGGAAGUGGCUAUGGAGGAGGAAGGCCUUGCAGAUGAGGAGAAAAAGCUGCGCAGGUCCCAGCACGCCCGCAAGGAAACCGAGUUCCUGAGGCUGAAGAGGACCAGACUCGGCCUGGAUGACUUUGAGUCCCUGAAAGUCAUAGGAAGAGGAGCGUUUGGGGAGGUACGCCUGGUUCAGAAGAAGGACACGGGGCAUAUUUAUGCAAUGAAGAUCCUAAGAAAGGCAGAUAUGCUGGAGAAGGAGCAGGUGGCCCACAUCCGAGCAGAAAGAGAUAUUUUGGUUGAAGCAGAUGGAGCCUGGGUAGUGAAAAUGUUCUACAGCUUUCAGGAUAAAAGGAAUCUUUACCUGAUCAUGGAGUUCUUGCCUGGAGGUGACAUGAUGACCUUGCUGAUGAAGAAAGACACCUUGUCAGAGGAGGAGACCCAGUUCUACAUCUCUGAGACUGUGCUGGCCAUAGAUGCCAUUCACCAGCUGGGAUUUAUCCACAGGGAUAUUAAGCCAGACAACCUUCUGCUGGAUGCCAAGGGUCAUGUAAAGCUGUCUGAUUUUGGGCUCUGCACAGGCCUAAAGAAAGCUCACAGGACAGAGUUCUACAGGAACCUCACACACAACCCACCAAGUGACUUCUCAUUUCAGAAUAUGAACUCCAAGAGGAAAGCAGAAACAUGGAAGAAGAACAGGCGACAGCUGGCCUAUUCCACUGUUGGAACCCCAGACUACAUUGCACCAGAGGUGUUCAUGCAGACUGGCUACAACAAGCUGUGUGACUGGUGGUCUUUGGGAGUGAUCAUGUAUGAAAUGCUAAUAGGGUAUCCACCUUUCUGCUCAGAAACCCCUCAGGAGACUUACAGGAAAGUCAUGAACUGGAAAGAGACGUUGGUAUUUCCUCCAGAGGUGCCCAUUUCGGACAAAGCCAAGGAUCUAAUCCUGAGGUUUUGUACCGACUCGGAAAACAGAAUCGGGAGCAAUGGAGUAGAGGAAAUAAAAAGUCAUCCCUUUUUUGAAGGAGUAGACUGGGGACAUAUCAGGGAAAGGCCAGCUGCAAUCCCCAUAGAAAUCAAGAGCAUUGAUGACACUUCCAACUUCGAUGAAUUCCCCGAGUCCGAUAUUUUACAGCCAGUGCCAAACACGACGGAGCCUGACUACAAAUCCAAAGACUGGGUUUUCCUCAACUACACCUACAAGAGGUUUGAAGGGCUCACUCAGCGUGGCUCCAUCCCUUCCUACAUGAAAGCUGGGAAGUUGUGAGGCAGGACCCGAAAGCCCCAGAGGGAACUGAAACCACAAACCUCAGGUAGUGCAUCACCAGACCCGCUUGGCGUUGUUAUCAGCACAUUGACUCUGGUGCACAUCGACUUCACACGGAAAUCCUACAGGAUUAGGGUUUCUGAGACUACUACAGGAAUUAGUUGGCAGUGCCAGCUGGCUUGGGUUUUGUUUUGUUUUCCUUUUCUUGUUUGUUUGUUUUCUUUCUUUUUUUUUAAUAUUUGAAUAUUUUUGUUAACUUUAUUAUACAAAGGUACUGGAAUAAAAGGAACGUGCAUCCCUUUUUCCUGCACUGCCUAUGUGUGGAUAACGGUUAAUCCUGCCUCUCUCUGUACUGUGGCUUUGUUUGUACUGUAAACCAUCUAAUGCACCCCAGGAGGGCAAACAUAUCAUUUGGUGCAGUGUUGUUGUUGGCCUGCUCACCUGCUGGGCUUUAGAUAUGCAGUAUAAAAAAAAAAAUAAUAAUAAAAAAAAAAUGCUCACAUUUGCCAACUUCUCUGAGCAGCUGCUCGAGGGUUUUCCAUUUGUGGGCUGCAGAUACCCCAUGGAAUUAUUUUAAAUAGCAGUGUCCUGCUUCUGCUCUCGUUUGCCUCCCACUCUGGGAUUGAUCAGCCCACGCUCCCUUCCUUUCCCCACCGUGUGUGGCAGUGCCAUCUGUGGUCUGUGUAGGGGCAUUUCUGAUGUCAGUAGUGGCAUUUCUGAUGGGUGUGGCUGUUCAAGGUGGUGAUGCCUGCUGGCAGCUGCAGGAUUAAAAAGAGGAAUCUGGAUAGAAACGACCAAGACAUUGAAGAGAAGGGAAACGUUCCGAUGUACAAAGUCUUGAAGGGAUGGGGGAGUUCCCAGGACUGCAUUCCUGCCUCUGCUGUACAGCUCAUCACCUUAGUGCUGCUCAGAACUCAGGCAGCCUUUUCUCUCUCUGUGCAAAAUGGACUCUAGAAAAAGGGAUCAAAUUGGGGUGUUUUCCUUUUUUUUUUUUUUUUUUUUCUCUCCCCUAAGAAGUUCCAGGCAGUAGGAAUCCUUUUCUUUCCAGAAUGCCCUGGAGCAGCCUCUGCCCAACUCAAGGAAGUGGAGUGUCCCAGGAGUCCCCAGUGGGCUCAGUCUCCUGGUAUUGUCUCUCUCUAAUGUGGCCACGGGAUGAACACCAGUGAAAGGCACCUAAAACCUCUGCAGCCCCCUCAGGACCUUUGGGCAUCCAGUGGGAAAGACCCCUGGCCUUGGCAGCAAUAUGGAAGUGACUUUUGGAAAACCAUUAGAAAAAUAUUUACUGCUCUAUCAGCUGUUCUGAAAGACUUGUAUGCUUUGAAAAACACACUGGGGGGUUGUGCUGCUGCCUAAGAGACCAUUUACCAGCAAGAGUUCUGUGCAUCAGUGCCUUCCUGAUGUGCAGGUAGCCUUCCCUGAUCCAGCUGCCUUCUCUGAUCCAGCUCUUGGGUCCCUCCAGGGCUUCAGUGAUGUCUUUCUUCCAGUGUUCUGUCUCCCUUAAGCAUCUCCUGUCUGUCCUUUGUACAACAAAGCUUCACUCUCCAGCUCAUGCAGGAGGAGCAGCUGGUGCCUCAGGGCCCAGAGUUUACCCAGGCUUUUAUCACAACAUGUCUACGCUAAACUUCAGCCUGAGGGCUGUCCCAGGUUUCCCCCAGCCCUUGUGCUGGUUCUUGCCCCUCUGGCUGCUGCUGGGACAGGGGCCCUCAGAAAUUCCCCACCCUCAACCCGAGGCCAUCCAAAGGCUGUCCAAAACCAGCAACUCUUAAAUCCCCCCUCCCCACUUCACCCUGGCAGUGCCCCAAUGGCUCCCCAGGCUUCCCAGGAAAGGAAAUGCCUUUUCCCAGGCCUUCCAUCCAAGGCAGAGGAGCUCAGGCAGAAAAUCCCUGAGAUGAAACUUGGCCCCAAAAGGACACUGCUAUUCAAAACAGUUCUGCUUGGGUUUCAUUUCCAGGCUCAUUCCUGGGGCGCUGUGUGCACUUGGAAUUGGAAUUCCUGCAAGCACCACCUUCCAAAAGCCCACAGUGACCCUUUUAACAUGACCUAAAAACAAGUCUUUGCUUGGACUUGCUAAGGCAAGUUUCAUGGAAACUGCAAAUGCUCAGUGAUACUGGUGAUCUGGUGGUUUUCUUUUGUUCCUGUGGGGUUUGGGGGAGGGCAGAUGAAUACACACCUAAUUUAAAGCUAUCUAUUAAACAACUGUGUCUGUACAUACUCACUGGUUUACAAACUCGGGCAAAAGCUCAACCCUUCUCUUUGUAACACUCAAGGUAAUAACAACUCAUGUAAAACUGCAGAUGAUUAAUCAUAUCAGUGCUCACAUAGGAGUUAUAUCCAUAGGGAAACAGCCUGCAGCCUAUCUAGCAUAAACUCCUGUAUUGUGGUAGUUGAUUUUUUUUUUAAUUUUUUUUUUUAAACCCAUAGCAUUAUUUUAAUCAGCAAGCCAAGUUAAACAAUAUUAACUGCUGCUUUUAGGAUGGUAGGGGUUUGGGUUUUUUUUUUAAAGGUGAAACUGUGACACUGUAAUGGGUUAAAGAGAACAGCAGGUUAUUGUACACUGGCUUUCAAAAAAAAAGUGGAAGUACAACAUAUCCUUUGUUAUUUUUGUCUGAUUCCUUUGGAUGGUUGUGUGUUUUCCUUUGGUGAUGUUUGUCACUGUGCCAUUUAUUUUUCUUAUUCUUGGAGUACCAAAGAUCCUGAAAUGGCUUGAUGAUUGCAACCAUGUGCAAAUUUAUUUUCUGGGAGUCUGUUUUUGUUAGACUUUGGUUAAAACGUGGAAUUGUUGUAUGCAACUCGUUAGCAGAGCUUUGCUGGGAAGCUUAUCCUGUUCCAGCAGGGAAAACAUGAGUGUGUCGAUGGAAGUGAAGCACCUGGAUGUGAAUUCCCUGGAACUGGGGAGGAACCUUGGACUGGGAGCCGCAGCUGAGCUUUUGCACACCGUGGUCUCCAACCAGCGGGAGCGAGUGGCCUUAGGUCCAGGACAUCAGCAGGGCUUCUGUGGGCUGCAGAAGGAGUUGAAGAAAGGAAAACCUGCCAGCAUUCCCAAAUCCAACGUUGCACUGUGGAAUUUGCCUUGCUGGGGUGUCACACGAGUGUUAUUUUUCUAGGUCAGUUGUUCAAGGCCCGAGCCGUGGGAUCCAGGAUGGAAAACAGCCCCGGAGGGGGGAGUUCGCCUGAGGGCAGGGAUGUGCUGUCUCCUUCCCCCUGGCCACAGCCAGCAGGGAAUGCUGCAGUUUAGCCAGGGAAUGCUGAGGAAGUGCUCUCACCUGUUCAGUCCCACAGGCUGCACCUCGUCCUGCCAGCGCCAGCAGCUCGUCCUCAGAGUCCAAAAGGCAACUGCUCUAUUUUUCCUGGACUGUUUCAUUAGUCGUGGUUGGGAAAGUUACAUGGAAAAGCAUUAUAAAAAUUUAUAUGAGGCUUUUUACAGCAUUUGACAAUAAAAGUAGCAUUCUUUUUGUAAA